GUACGCCCUUCAUCGCUCUGUCUGCCGCACUACCCGUUCUCCUUCCUAAUCAGUGGCCAUGAGACAAAAUUCUGCAGAAUAUACGCCAUGUUUCCCCUGGCUUUUCGCGGUAGGCUUUCCCGCGUUCACCGCUGGAUUGCUCACCUUCGUCGGCGGACGAUCCCCGGCUAUAGCACGUCAUGGUCUUAAUAUCGGGACGGGGUAGUCUGUGCAGAUGUGCUGGUAAGUUUUCGGUAGACUAUCAUCGAAAAGUUCUGUUCUUGCGCCUUUCUAUCCCUCCGGACUUUCUCACACAGUCACGCCGUUGCCUUCCUUAUGCAGUCCUUCCUGGUGUAUCGCAAGGUUCGCCGUAACCUUGAAGAGCAGAUACAACGCCAUGGCCUUAACAAGGUAGCAGGAUGCGCCCCACAACCCGACACCGAUCGAGAACAUCCUACCGAAGCCGGUGGGAGGAAAGAAGAUGAGCUACUGCCGCCUGACGAAGGCAUACAGCCUAGAGAUCAUGCCGCUGAGGAGAAAGAGCUGGAGAAUGAGAAACCACGUGAAAGACACGAAAAUGGAACAACCCUCUUAGCACCGCCAUCUACGGGACUCUCUCGACAGACAAGUGAGCACAGAACCUUCUCUGCGAAUGGCUCUAUGCAUCAGACAAGCACGCGAGGAAGCAACCUCUCCAGAGCGACUUCCAGAGCGACCUCUAGAGCGUCACGGCCAAACCACCUGUCGACAGCUCAAACACGAAGCACGAUUGGCGCUGUGCUCGGCCAAAGUCUCACUGGCGUAGAGGUCAGAACGCGCAAGACGAAUGAGGGCGGUCCCGAAAGGGGCAAAGUCUUCGUGGUCGGAUACCAAGGCCCAGAUGAUCCGCUCAAUCCUCACAACUGGUCCAAAACCAAGCGUGUCGCGAUUACACUACUUGUUGCGUCAAUCGGUCUUAUUGUCGGUGUUGCUUCGAGCAUCGACUCAGCCGCGAUCCCACAGGCCAGCAAGGAAUUCCACGUUAGUGAGGUCACAGAAUCUUUGGCCACCGCAAUUUAUCUUAUAGGCUUUGGGUUUGGUGCUUUUACUGCAGCACCCGUGUCGGAGACAGUUGGCCGUAAUCCAGUCUAUAUUGUUACUAUGUUGCUCUUCAUGAUCUGGAUAAUGGCCUCGGCACUGGCGCCGAAUAUUGGAGCCCAGUUAACCUUCCGAUUUUUGGCAGGCUACUUCGGAAGUACUCCGUUGACAUGCGCUGGCGGAAGCAUAUCAGAUAUGUGGGACGCAACACAACGCACCGCGGUUUUUCCCAUGUUCGCGAAUGCCGCUUUUUGGGGUCCAGUCCUUGGCCCUAUUAUGGGCGGCUUCAUUGCCGAAAAUGUGUCCUGGCGCUGGUGUGAAUGGGUUACACUGCUCUGGGCCGGCAGCAUUUUGAUUGCGAUGUUCUUUUUCCUCCCAGAGACCUACGCCCCGAUCCUCUUAUCGUGGAAGGCGCAACAUUUGCGCAGCAUCACAGGAAAUGAGCGCUAUAAGUCCGCGCUCGAAGUUCAAGACACCAAAUUCAUGGACCGUCUCAUCCACAACUUUUACCGGCCUUUUCAACUUUUCGUGUACGAGCCUAUUGUCGUGCUGUUUACGCUGUACUUGACAGUCGUGUACAUCGUCCUCUUCACAUUCUUAACGGGCUUCGAGUACAUCUUCUCCGACACUUACGGCCUUUCACAAGGCCUCACUUUUCUCAUCUUUGUCACGCUAGGAAUCGGAUUUGGAUUCGCUAGCGCUUUUGUGCCGUGGGUUGUUAAACGGUACCAACAAAAACUGGCCAAGGUGCAAGAGCAAGGCGGUACACAUCUUCCGCCCGAGCAACGCCUUGUGUUUGCCAUGAUGGGCGCUCCUUUUUUGCCUAUUGGGCUAUUUUGGAUGGCGUGGAGCUCUCGAUCCUCCGUGAGUAUCUGGUCGCCGAUCCUAUCCAACCUGCCUAUCGGUUUCGCGAUCAUGUGCAUUUUCAUCAGCUCAUAUCAGUACCUCAUCGACGCGUUUGAGGCUUACGCCGCCAGCGCAUUGGUGGGAGCCACAUUCAUCAGAUAUAUUGCUGCCGGCGGCAUGAUACCAGCAUCAAUUCCCCUUUAUGAGAAUUUGGGUGUCCAUUGGACGGUCACACUUCUUGGUGCUAUCAGUGCGCUGAUGGCACCAGUCCCAUAUAUCUUCUAUUAUUUCGGUGCCAGGAUCAGAAAAAGGAGUCGUUAUGCGGCUAGUGUAUAGAACUCGUAGAGGUUAUGAAUAUAAAGUGUUCCGGGCGGAUGGCUUGGC